AUAUUCGUCAUUUUCAAAAUGGAGAAUUCAGAAAACGAUGUGCUGAUUCCAGUUGAAAAUGAGAAGAAAACAACGAACUGGACGAAAUUCGUGAAAGUCGUGUGGCAAUGUACAAGUAAAUGGGAAAAGUUUCUGUUCGUAAUUGGAGUGGUUUCUGCAAUUUGCACAGGAUUAACACAACCAUUCAUGAGUUACACUUUCGGAGAAGUCUCACAAGCUUUUGUUCGGAUUACAGCGGCCGUUAACAACGCCUCCCUUGACCCUAGUGAUCUAGAAAAAGCAUAUGAAAUGUUCCAUGCUGAUAUGAACAAUGUAGUGAUUCAUUUUGGGCUCGUUGGGUGCGCUUUCAUGUUUUUCGGAUUUAUUCAAUUCUCCCUGUUUAAGUAUAUUGGGGACAACACUACAUAUCGGCUGAGACACAAAUUUAUAUUACGCUUGCUCAAGAAAGAUGCAAAAUACUUUGAUACAAUUUCCACCGGAUAUCUAUCAACAGUUUUGAACGAUAAUCUUGAACGAUUUCGAGAGGCGUUCAACGAAAAAAUAGCGUUUAUUAUCUGCUUUUCUACUGAUUUUGCAAUUGGAACUGCACUUGCAUUUUAUACAAGCUGGACACUUGCUUCUUAUGGAAGUGUUUUUGCUUUCGGAAUUGUUAUAUCGGGACUUCUCAAUUCGACUAGUAUGAUGAAAUCUAAUGAAAAACAAAGCAUGCAUUAUUCGAACGCAGGAGCAAUCGCUUUUCAAGCUCUAUGCUCUUUCAAAACAGUAAUUUCGCUAAAUGGACAAACCCAGGAACUUGAGAAAUAUUCUGCUGAACUGAAGGAAGGAGAAAAGUUUGGUUCCCGACGAGCUUUUUUUCUUGCUACUUCUCGAGGACUCUCACACUUUUUCUGUAAUGCACUGAAUGGAACGAUUUUAUAUGUUGGGGCAGAUUUGAUUUACAACAAAACAAUGAACACAGUUGCAAUUGUUACGUUGUUCCACUACAUGCUAUUCAGUGCAUUCAGUCUCGGAGAAGCAUUUCUUCACAUUUCCUACUUAUUAAAUGCAAUUAAUUCUGCUACUCCCAUAUUUGAUGUUUUGACAUCAGAUGAUGAUAUGAUUGAAAAUAACCAGGACAAUGAACAAACCGAUAGCAAUAAGACAAUUCAAGGAAUGCUGUCAUUCAAUAACGUGAAAUUUGCUUAUCCAUCCCGGCCUGAUGUAGACAUUUUGAGAGGAAUCUCAUUUGAUGUGAAACAAGGAGAAUGUAUUGCACUUGUUGGCGCAAGUGGUAGUGGUAAAAGUACAAUUGUUCAACUACUUCUUCAUUUCUACAAUAUUCAAUCUGGAACAAUCAAGAUUGGUGACUCUCAUCUACAUGAUAUCAACUUGAAACAGCUCAGAAACGCAAUUGGAGUUGUAUCUCAAGAACCUGUGCUUUUCAACACAACGAUAGAGGAAAACAUACGUUUUGGAAACCCCAACGCAACGUCGUCAGAAAUAUACGAAGCGCUAAGAAAAGCUAAUGCUUACGAUUUUGUUUGUAAUAUAAAAGAUGGUUUAAAAACAAUUGUUGGAGAAAGAGGGGCACAGCUCUCAGGUGGACAAAAACAACGGAUUGCCAUCGCAAGGGUUCUUGUCAAAAAUCCAGCUAUUUUACUUCUCGAUGAAGCAACUAGUGCUCUUGAUAGUGCGAGCGAAAGAGCUGUACAACUUGCUCUCAAAAAAGCAUCAGAAGGGCGGACAACAAUCAUCAUUGCUCACAGGCUUAGCACUAUUCGUCAUUGCGAUAAGAUUAUGGUUAUGAGCAAUGGAAAGAUAGCAGAAGUUGGAUCACAUGAGGAACUGAUUAGUAUGGAUAGAGAAUACAGUAAUUUAGUUCGAGCACAAUUUUUUGAUUCUCAAAGUGUUGAGGAGGACAUAAAUGGUCAGGGAGCAGAAGAAGUUAUUCAAAAAACACCCCCCAACUUGAAUGAUGGCGAACCUCUCGAAGAGUUACUGAAAGAAACUUCUUCGGAUAUUGAGAUAAAAUCUAAUAUUUGGGAAGUACUUCGAGAGUGUCGACCAGAUGCGUUUUUGCUCUCAAUGGCUGUCAUUGGAAGUGCGAUUCAAGGUUGUAACUUUCCAAUUUUAUCUCAAAUUAUUGUUCAGACUUAUAAGGCAUAUGCAAUGGAUGGAGAAAAUAUCCUCACUUAUGGACACUUUUGGGCUGCGAUGUUCUUGGUGCUUGGUGUCAUCCGCCCAAUCACUCUUUAUUGUCAAUUUUUCUUUUUUGGAAAAGUAUCAGAGAAGCUUUCCACACGCUUGCGAAUCAAAUCGUUUCAACAUUUGUUAUCUCUUCCUUGUGCAUUUUAUGAUGAUCCAAAGCACUCUCCAACUAGACUAGUCAAUCGUUUGAAUACUGAUCCAUCAAACAUUAAAGCAGCUGUAGAUGCUAGACUAGGAAGUUUGUUGAUGAGUAUGGUUUCGUUCUCACUUGCCAUAUUGAUUGCUUGUUAUUAUUCUUGGAAACUGACAUUACAGGUUGUUUUGUUUUUUCCAGUUCUUUACUAUGCGAAAUUCUUGUAUAAGAAAACUACCACUAUUUCCAUUAAAGAAGACUCGGUGGCGUUUGAAAACAGCAAUAAAAUUGCUAUAGAAGUACUGGAUAACAUGAAAACAGUGAAAGCGUUGAAUAUGGAAGCAAGGGUGAUAAACUUGGUUAUGGAAUAUCUUGCAGUUUUGAAAACAAGUUAUCCCAGAAGAUCUGUGGUUAUGGGUCUUGCAAACGGAUUUUCUGCUGGAUGUUCUCAAAUUGUGUACGCCAUUUCUUUCAAAUUCGGCACUUACCUUAUUUUACAAAAAGAAGUCAUUCCAAUGGAUAUGUACUUGUCUCUGAUAACACUAUCAUAUACAUCGAAUAUGGCAGGAUCAGCGAUAUCAUAUAUGCCAGAUUUUAGGAAAGCUAUUCAUUCAGCAGGAUUGAUUUUCAAUUUGUUCACAUAUCCAGCUACAAUGCCUUUCAAUUCUGAUACUGGUUCAAGAAGCAUUACCAAAGGAGAAGUCAAUGGAGAAAAUGUGAAAUUUCAUUAUCAUCAACGUCCGGAUUAUACAGUAUUAGACAGUGUUAAUUUGAAAGUUGAAGCUGGUAAAACACUGGCAAUUGUUGGACCUAGUGGAUCAGGAAAAUCUACAAUAAUUUCUCUCCUCGAAAUGUUUUAUCGUGCCGAUCAAGGAUUUAUUAAAAUUGACAACGACAAUGUGGAAAAUAUCAAUUUGGAUCACUUACGAUCAAAUCUGGGACUGGUAUCACAAGGACCAGUAUUAUUCAAUUGUUCAAUUAGAGACAACAUUUUGUACGGGCUCACAAGAAACAUAUCGCAAACAGAAAUAGAAAACGCGUUGCAAAUCGCAAAUGCUUUUAAUUUUGUGUUUCAGUUGCCGCAGGGGUUAGAUACUAUUGUUGGGGACCGAGGCGCUCAGCUGUCUGGUGGUCAAAAGCAAAGAAUUGCCAUAACCAGAGCAAUUCUUCGGAACCCAAAACUGCUGCUUCUAGAUGAAGCGACAAGUGCUCUGGAUACCGAAAGUGAGAAAAUAGUACAAAAUGCACUGGACACAGCAAGCGAGCGCUUAUCUACCAUAGUUGUGGCUCAUCGGUUAUCUACUAUUAUCAAUGCAGACUCUAUUGCUGUUUUGAGAAAUGGAAAAGUUGUAGAACAAGGAACUCAUAAUCAAUUGUUGGCCGUGAAAGGAGACUAUUGGCGCCUUGUGCAGCAUCAGAAGAGCUCAUAGGAAAUGAGUUUUUCAUCGCAAUUGACAAUUAUCUUCAAAAAUUAUGGUGUGAAGUCUAUAAACAUUUACCGUGUUUACUUAAUAAAUUACUAUGAUAUCAUUGUCUCGUUGAGCCGUUUUUUUUUCUUUUUUACUCCCCUUCAUAAAAGAAUUACAUAGUAUUGUGCAAUAUUUUCCAAUAUAAAAUCAAAUAAAAUUCUUAGUUUUAA